AUGGGGAGGAUGAUAUUGAAUAAUGCGUUGAGGUCAAUAGUGAACGCGGAGAGAAGAGGAAAAGCCACUGUGGAAUUGCAACCUAUCUCCACAGUCAUGUCUUCUUUCCUCAAAAUCAUGAAACAUCGAGGUUAUAUCAAGGAUUUUGAAGUUUUUGAUCUGCAUAGAGUGGGGAGGAUAACGGUUCAACUACAAGGCAGGGUUAACGAUUGUCGAGCUCUCACUUACAGGCAGGAUGUCAAGGCAAAGGAUAUUGAGGAGUACAAAUUCCAUACGCUUCCAACGCGCCAGCCCGGCUGGGAAGGUCUGUGUGUUUACUUUAUGUCAUGGAUCAAUGUGUUCAAGAAAGAUGGUGUCUUGGAUCAUGAAGAGGCUAUUCGACAUAAUGUGGGUGGUCAAGUUCUUGGCUAUUUUUAUUAA